GAAGAAAUGGAAGAAAAUCCACAACCAAAUAUUUAUGAUAACUAUAAGUUUGUAACGAGGAAAGAAUUGUCAAGUCUCGGUAUGGAUCAUUUGAUUGGAACCAAUGUUAUGAAACCAUAUAUGCACGGAUUUUUCGUUGACUUGCGCUUAUACGAACAAGCAAAACUUAUAUCAAACCCAUUUGCUUAUGCGGAAUAUCGAGAGAGAAUUAUUAAAGAUAAAUUAGAAGCGAAACGCGAGUCUCGUAUACGCGCUACUAAAAAAUUGCCUAAAGUCAAUAAGGAAUUAGCAAACCGAUUAUUACAUUUAUCAGAUAAAAAGAAAAAAGGAAAUCAAGGAACGGCAAACCUUCUCCAAGACCAAAGAUUUAUGGAACUAUUCACUAACCCAGAAUAUGAGGUUGACAAGAAUACUACGGAAUACCAAUUGUCCCAUCCUAGCCAUUUUACUGUACAUUUUCAUUUAGUGUUAUCAGCCUGA